AUGUUGGUAACAGAAAAAAGAUUUGUGGUGCACUGGGCGGCUACAUUACUAGUGUGGGCAGUCAUCUGUGAAGUACGCGGACAGCACUUGACUCCGACAUUAGUGCCUUCCUGCCCUACACAGUGUAUUUGCCUCUCACAGUCACAGGUUGUUUGUAACAGUGCAACACUACGCGGGGUCCCAUCAGCACUCAGCUCAAGCGUUAUGCAAUUGUCGCUGUCACGGGCUGAUUUGCGAAUUCUUCGAUCGGAUGCGUUUGCCCACUUAAGGCAGCUUCGUCGUCUCUCACUUGAUGCUUGCAAUCUUACCCGUAUUAGACCUUUCGCAUUCCGAGGUCUACCUCGCCUAAACGAGUUAUAUAUACAACAUACACCUCUAGCAACAGUCGAUGCUUUCGCGUUCGCCGCUCUCCAAAAUAUAUCUUCGAUCGUUCUGACACAUAACAGAAUAGCCCAAAUAGAAGGUUACGCGUUUGCCGGGACAAAUUUUAUAAAAGUCAUUUCCCUAAGAAAUAAUCCUAUUAAACGUAUUUUAGCACAUGCAUUUUCUGGUCUUAACGAUGUAACGCGGAUAGAAUUUCCGUCCGGUAUAAGAUCUAUUGAAGCUCAAGCGUUCGCAGGAUUAGAAGGAGUCGGUACAUUAGAACUAGCUUACAUGGAUCUACCGGCGCUUUUGCCCGAUACUUUUUUUGGUUUGACUCGUGUCGGUCGCUUAGCGCUUAGAGAAUCAGAUCUUGGAGUCAUCAAGGUGGGCGCUUUUGAAGGGUUGCGACACGUUGAUAUACUAGAAAUGUGUAAUAACAAAAUUGACGGUAUCGAAGAGCUUUCAUUGAUACAAAAUAAUAGCGUCCAUACUUUUAAACUAACCGGUAAUCAUAUGCUAGAAACCCCAGAGGCGGUUGUUCUCGAAGUGGAAAACAUCGUGAUUCGCGGUAAUCACCUGCCAUGCGAGUGUGGGCGCGAUCCCCUAGCGAAUCCAUUAGCAUUGACAUCAGAUUUUGCAAAUGAAAAUUUGUGUAUAUCUCCGCUUAAAGUACGUGGGCGAAGUUUGGCAAGUGCGGCAGGUGCGGCGUGCCGCGGCGAGGGCGGGGGAAGCGCGCGCGCCCGCGCCGCGGCCGGUGCCAGCCCCGCUGGGCACGCUCUCGCUCCGCGCCUCGCAUUUACGUUGGCAGCCUUCACUUUUUUUGUAAACAGCUAACCGCCCUCAGUGUUCAAUUAUCUCUGUUGUGUAUUGUAUGUGUCUGUAAAUAUUGUAACAUAAGUGAGUAUAAAUGCGAGAUUUUACAUUGAAUGGGUCCGAUCAUUCAGUAUACAUUGGACCAUGAAUAAAAUUUGCCUUUGGA